AUGGCGUCCGCAACAGAUUACAAAGUCUCUUUUGAUACGUUCCACAAUGUCAUCAACAAUGAGUUGACAUCAACAGCAGCCACGCGCCGGGCCAUCUGCCCGAGCACCGAGGAGCCUUUGUGGGAGGUGCCAGUCUCAACUCAAGAAGACGUGGACCGCGCCGUAAGCGCAGCCAAGGCGGCGUAUCCCGCCUGGCGGAAGCUCUCGUACGACGAGCGCGCCGAGUAUCUGAACAAGUUUGCGGAUGCCAUCGAGGCAAACCAGCAGGAAUUCGUUGACCUUCUUGGUAAGGAGGUCGGAAAGCCACCCGGGGCCGGUGGCUUUGAGAUGUUCCUGGUCAUGGGCCUGGCCCGCGGAACUCCCCAGCUUCGAAUCAAGGAGGAAAAGCCAAUUGACGACGAGGAUCGCACCGCGAUUGUGCGAUAUGUUCCUCUCGGAGUAGGAGUAGGAAUUGUGCCAUGGAAUUUCCCUCUCACAUUAGGAAUUGGCAAGCUCCUCCCUGCUCUUCUUGCGGGCAACACAUUCAUAUGGAAAUCCUCCCCAUACUCCCCAUACUCAGCACUCAAGUUGGCUGAAAUUGGUACCAAGAUUUUCCCUCCAGGCGUUUUCCAGGCCCUGAGCGGAGAGGAGAGUCUGGGCCCCCAGUUGACUGCCCAUCCUGAUGUCGCCAAGGUCAGUUUCACUGGCUCUGUCGCGACAGGAAAGAAAAUUAUGGCCGCCUGCGCCGGAACUCUUAAGCGCGUGACGCUCGAGUUGGGAGGUAAUGAUGCAGCUAUUGUCUGCGAGGACGUCGAUAUCGAUGCGGUUGUUGCUAAGAUCGCCUUCCUGACAUUUGUACAUGGCGGCCAAAUUUGCAUGAACAUCAAGCGUAUCUUCGUGCAUGAGAACAUCUAUGACAAAUUCCUCGCCAAGCUGGUCGAGACAGCGAAGCAGUACAAGGUCGGCGACCACACAGACGCAGAAGCUUUCUUCGGCCCCAUCCAAAACGAGAUGCAGUACGACAAGCUGCAGGCGUUCUACUCGCAAAUCGAGAAGCAGGGCUGGAAGACGGCGCUCGGCGGCGCUCCUGGCCCGAAGGAGGGCAAGGGCUUCUUCAUGCCUGCCACCAUCAUCGACAACCCUCCUGACGACUCCGAUAUCGUGACCAAGGAGCCUUUCGGGCCCAUUGUGCCUGUUCUCAAGUGGACAGACGAGGACGAGGUUAUCCGACGCGCCAACGCAACAGAGAUGGGUCUCGGCGCCUCAGUCUGGAGCAAGGACGUGCCUCGUGCGCAGCGCAUGGUCGAGCAGCUCGAGGCGGGCAGCAUCUGGGUCAAUACCCAUUUCGAGCUCGCGCCCAACGUGCCCUUCGGAGGCCACAAGCAGAGCGGCCUGGGUAUGGACUGGGGCGAGGUUGGGCUGAAGGGCUGGUGUAACCCGCAGGCGUACUGGGUCAAACACUCGGUAUAG